UGCAGACCUCGGCUGCCUCAGGCUUGGUUGUGACUCCAACUCCACCUCGUCUAGCCUUGCUGCACGGCAUAAACAUAGUGUUACAAUGAUCAGAAUCAACCGUCUUACAGGCUUCCCGUCUGCGAUCGUGUAAUCCAUACCAGUAUCUCAAAUACCGUCCGACCGUCUUUCAUAUCUACAGAAAUCUCCCGUAUAGAUCUCUCCACUGCUCGCAUGUAAUAGCUUACAGCUGCUUGUCUUCGGAUAUUUUACUGGCCCGGCGACCACAACAGCUUCCACAUAGUGGUACCGCUAGAUCUAGCAUCCCACCAUUAGGCCCCGGGCAUGGCCACCACCAGGCUGGACCUCCUACCAGGGGAGCUCAUCGCUCAUAUUGCGGCCAGAGCUGACGCAUUUACGGUCGUCCAGCUGUCUGAGACAUGCAGAGCAACACGUAAGGCCUGCUGGAACUGUGUCGUGCUACGAGAGGUUCUGCAAUCAUCUGGAUCGCUUGACCAGAAGUCAGAGACCCUGAGACUUGUUGAAGCGACUGCUGGUAAAGAGGUCAAUAUCUGGGCUCGAUAUGCUCUAGCCGACCAGCAAGCCAGUAAGCUCGCCAAAGUCGAGUGCCCACUCGAGACACCUCCAGCCUUCAUAGACUGGCUACCGGAACUCCUUGUAGUCAAGCAUUCGUUCGUGAAGCACCAGUGCUGGUCCCGCUUUCUCCGUGACGGACCAACUCAACUUACUCGGCAGGUCUUCUGCCAAGCUAUUGCAAUUCUCUCAUCGUCGGAAGAUAUGCCCCAACUCGCCAGAAGCCUGGCGAUGCAAGAAGACCCUAUUCUGACUAGGAAGUACGAGGGACCGAAAACAUUCCUAUGGGUGCUAUGCUCCGUCGCGCUAAUUGCUCGUACCGCUGUACGCAAUCGCGAAGCGGCGUGGCCAUACAAUGCUGCCGCGCAGGUACCGCACAUUGCGCCUCCCAAAGCAGCGCAGAUUCCGCUUGACCUCCAUGUAAACCCGCCGUUGCCGUUCGCCGAGCCAGGCAGCUGGAAUAAUUGGUACAAAGCCUACAACCUGGCCAACCUCCACGACCAGAACUACUUUACCUCGAGUGCCUGGUGUGGGUACUACACCCACUUCGGGAUGCAAGCUCGCUAUCAAGACCCACCGAUGCUCAAUAUCCGUUUCCAGACUCCUCAGAUUCAGCUUGAAGGUGAAAGUCAUGUGCGGAGCCAUAUCAUUGCGCCUGGCUGUCACGACGGCGUCGGCGCCUUCACCAUCCACAAUGUUCGCAUCCUCGAGACCGAGUAUGGGGAAGUAGUGUUUCGCGCACUAAAGGCGUACACGAACAAUUGGUCUUCAUGGCACUGGGACUUGCGCGUGACGCCCUUCGGGCUGCUUGGCUUCUGGGGCACGAAUACGAAUUCGAUCCGAAGCGGCUUUGAAUCCGACCCAGGUUUCGGUAUCAAUAGGAUGGGGAUGGUGUGGCUGUGGAAGGAGGAGUGGACUAGGUGAUACAACGCUGAUCAUGAUACUUCAGCUUCGGCUUUUGGACACUCGCUGGGCUCUGAGAGAUGUAGAACGAGAACGACAUCAUGCAAGAUGUCCUCGCCGUUUGUCCAAAAUUAUGGCUUUGAGAUGACAGAUUUGAGCAUAACGUUGCGAAUCAACUCGCGGCACGACGGACCCUGGUUCUCAAAAAGUGCCUACUGCUCGUGAAUCAUGGCUUGUGACUUUAUACGCCAUAUAGUACGGUGGAAAGGAGAGCAC